CCCCCACCCACAACACACACACCCCAAAACCCCUUUCUGUAGACACAAAAUCUAUAGCAGUUUUUAAAACCUUUUCACCAUUUGCUCUCUAAUUUCACCUAAUAAAACAUGAAUAUCUUCAAACCUAAACAGUCAUCUUCAUCUUCUUCUUCAGCAACACCACCACAUCUACAGCUCCAACAAACUUUCAAGAAUUUACAAACCCACUUCUCCAAUUUCCUUCAAACCACUUUUCCGCAACUCAACACACUUAAUUCUUAUCAAAAUUCACAAAACCCAUGGGCUAAAAUUGGUGUUACUAAUAAUAAUAGUGUAAAAAAGCAAUCUUUAUCUACUGAAGCUAUUGAGGAGAGGUUGGCUGGAGUACCUGUUUAUGCACUUAGCAAUGCUUCUGAAGAAUUCGUGCUUGUUUCGGGUGUUAGUACUGGUAAAAAUCUUGGGUUGUUUUGUUUUAGUGAAGCUGAUGCUGAAGCUCUUCGUCAGCAAAUGGAAUCUAUGGACCCCACCAUGCGAAAUGGCUCGAGGGUUGUUCCUGUUGCUCUUAACAAGGUUUUCCAGCUCAAAGUUGAUGGAGUGGCUUUCAGGUUGAUACCAGAGGCAUCUCAAGUAAAGAAUGCAAUCAAGGAAAGGGAAAGGACUGGAACGUCUGAUGAGAGCUUUUAUGGUGUUCCAGUGUUUCAGUCAAGGAGCUUAAUUCUGAGGAGCCAGAACAAGAGAUAUCGCCCUGUUUUCUUCAGGAAGGAGGACCUAGAGAACUCACUACUAAGAGCUUCUCAGCAGCAAGGGCGAUUGAAUCCUGCUUUGAAAGGAGAUAUUCAGGUUGCUGUUCUGGAGGAUAUAAUACAAGGCAUGAAGGAUACUUCGACGUCAAAGUGGGACGAUGUUGUAUUUGUUCCUCCAGGUUUUGAUGUUUCAACAGAUCCCUCCCAGAAGUAAGAGAACCUAUGUCAUGUCAUCUCAUGUUGCUUGGCCAAUCCUAUAUUAGCAUUUUUGAUAUCAUGAGUGUAAAUUGUAGUAACUUUGACUAUGCAUUAGGUCCUGUUAUGUGACAAAUUCUUAUAGAAACUGGAGCUAAGAUUUCUGAAGUGUUUGAUAAUUGUAGACAAAUUCUGUGUGCAAUUAACUUCUCUGUAGGGA